AGCUCCAAGAUUCUGCCAGCAUGCUGUCUGUGGCACUGCUCUACAUUUUGGCCAUGGUUUUCCCUGCAGUUAAUGCAUUACCUUUAUACUCAGAUACAGCACUAACACCACAUGAAGACCUCCUUCAGAAAUUGGUGACAGAGAUAGAGGACGGACAGAGUAAUGAGCUGAGUCCACAAAGAGACAUUAAAACCAUCCUUCCCAUUUUGAUUCAUCAGGAAAGAGACAGAGACACUUGGUCUAAAGAAGCGAAAGAAAAUGUCCAGAAGGAUAAAAUGAACCACAUGGUGGAUGAUUUAAAAGAAGUAGUCAUGAAGUUAGCAGCAGCAGAUAACCUGCGCUCUCAAGGCUUUCUUCGAUCUGAGCAGAACUUACCCAAGCCCAGCAAGAGAGCCUGUUUCUGGAAGUACUGUGUAACAAACUAGGAGUCGCUUGGGAAUUACAGAGGAUCAGUCUUCAAAAGGGUUCUCACCCAUAAACAUCAAUCCAGCAGCCAUUUAACAAUGUGUAUAUUAAUUUAACUACAGUGCAUUAACUUAAACAUGGAUAUAUUUUCAAACAACAUGAAUACAACUAAUCUCUAUAAAACAGUUAGGUAGAAAAAGUGGAGCUUUAAAGAUG